GGUGGAGCUACUGCUGUGGCACACUACGGAACCAUGCUUUUUCACAUGCCUGUGCACUCCAACCCAGUGAUGUGGAGAACAAGUGUGGCUGUGUGGAGAGCAUGGAGGACACUGAAGCUGAGCCUGCACUCUUCUGGAGCUGGUGCAUCUUCUGCUCCGGGGUCCCUGGACACAUGUGAGGAAAAGCCUCCUCACACACCUGUCAUGCUGAAGGAGGUGCUUCAUUACUUAGACAUCCAGCCUGCUCAGGUGGUCCUGGACAUGACAUUUGGAGGUGGUGGUCAUACCAGAGCGAUCCUGAAUGCGGUUCCCGAAGCCACCGUUCUGGCCUUAGACCGAGAUCCGACAGCAGUUUCUCUGGCCCGGCAGUUAGCCCAGGAACAUCCUGGUCGUGUGAAACCACUGCUUGGUCGCUUCAGCGAGCUUCAGACCCUGCUGUCUGGUGUGGACGUGAAGCCGGGCAGCGUCGAUGCAGUCCUGCUGGAUGCUGGCUGCUCCUCCAUGCAGAUGGAUCAGGCAGAGAGAGGCUUUGCCCUCAGCAAGGAUGGGCCCUUGGAUAUGAGAAUGGAUGGAGAGAGGUACCCCGACAUGCCCUGCGCUGCUGACGUUGUGAGUACCUUAGAUCAACAGGCGCUCGCAUCCAUCCUCACUGCAUAUGGGGAAGAAAGACACGCCAGGAAAAUCGCUUCAGCCAUCGUGGAGGCACGCCGUGUCAGCCCCAUCACCCGGACACAGCAGCUGGCCAGCGUGGUGGCAGGAUCGUUCCCUCCUGCUGUCCUCUAUGCACGCAAAGACCGACUCCACCGACCUGCACAUGUGGCCACAAAGACUUUCCAAGCGCUGCGAAUCUUUGUGAAUGAUGAGCUGAACGAACUCCAUGCAGGCCUCUGUGCUGCCCGGACGGCGCUGAAACCAGGAGGACGUCUCUGCAUCAUCACCUUUCAUUCGCUAGAAGACAGACUGGUCAAACGUUUCCUGCAGGGAGACGACUUGUCUAAUCUGGAUCAGUAUCAUUUCAGCCCGAGGAAGCAAAGCACCAGAAAGGAGAAGCUGGCAGAUGAAAAAAAACAUGGUGGAACUUCCUGUUGGCUUCCUCUGCGAAGAAAAGUGAUCACCCCAGAAAGAGACGACGUCCAAGAUAAUCCUCGAGGACGCUCCGCUAAACUCAGGGCGGCCCUCAGGCGUUAGCUGGGCCAUGUUCAUUCUGACAAAAUGGAACUUUCUGAUGUCUUGACAUCAACACAACUCUGGACAGUCCUUAACUCCCCUAAGCUCACAACAGCAGCGUCUUACACUGGUCUGCAUGCACCAGUCUACCACCCAGUCAGUCAGCUUGUAGGUGGGAAGCCAGUGAAGGUGGAUGCGGAGUUAGUGAGUCCUGCUGGUUGGUUAGGGUGUUGCACAGUGAACGUGAACUCUACAAGGAAUAUAAUCAGUCUCACUCAUUGAUUUUUGCUUCUAUCCAACGGUCUUCUUUAGUAAAUCAAGCUGGAUCAGGUGUCAUCUCAGACCUGUUUGUCAUGGCAAGCUAAUGCUACAUAUACAUUUAUCUACUGUUCAUUUUAUUUAAUAACAUCAAGAAUAAACUUUCAGGUCUAUGUCCAGCACAGAGACUGCUCUUCUCUGAUCCUACCUGUCCAAACUCAGAUGGAGAGGCCCGACACUGAACAUCAAAUGUUACUGGUGAAAAAACCUUUCAUACUCAAAUAAAAGUUUAUGAUUGUUUUCAUU